CCCACGUGGUGUUGUCGCGCGCGGGCACCGGCGCGUGUACACAGGCAGAGGGCACCAGUGUGCAGCGUUGUGGGAAAGACCUACAGCAACGCGUGCUCGCUGCACAAGGACGCCUGGCCCACGCCGGACCCUGUCUGGGUAAACACACGCGACGCGGCGCGUCACGACCGUGGGCUGCCGCCGCCCUCACCGCUCCUGUCGUCCACCUUUCCCAGGCUCCAAGGCCCAGUGCAGCGACGAGGAGCUGGGCCAGUUCCCCCAUCGCCUUCCGGACUGGUUCCUGCUGCUGGCGCGCGCGCGCGGGCGGGCGACGCAGCCGCGGCCCCGCCCCAGACCUGCCCCGGCCACGCCCACAGGACGCGCCUGGCACAGCAAAGAUUUGCCUUAUUGGACAAGAACAAAGACGGGAAGCUGAGCCGCCGGGACCUGGAGAAGCAGAUGGAGCACUGUGCCACGCCGUUCUUUCACGGUGAGAAUGGGUUCCUCCACGUUGUGUCCUGCUGCACUGCAGAACCCCCUCUGACCGACGGCCGGGACCUCCUGCGUCGCUGCAGUCCUUCAAAGACGCCGUCCCUGCACAACGCUCACCAUGCAGCAUGGAAUAUGAUUUACGGGGCCGUUAAAUGUCAUGUUGAAUGUCUGCCAUUUCCCACGUGUCUUCACAACAGGCGGAUAAAUGUCAGUAUGUUACUUACAUUUACAUUAGUGCAGUAAAGGAGCACAGACAACAGGCAAUAUCCGGAGGGAAUUACACGAACGGUCAAUUAAAGAGGAGGAGAGUGUGAUGUACAGAGAAUGACUAACGAGAUGGGAAAUAAAGAUAAGGCGAAGAGGAGCGCUCGCUAUGAGAUGACGUGACCAGAGUGGAGACAAAGCGAUAAUGAAGGGGGCGAAGGAGAGAAGAGGAGGAAAGUGUCGUAAUGCUCCGGAGGAGAGGGAGAGGGAGGAACGGGGGCAAGUCAACGCGGCUGAAGGAAGGAGAGAAGUACAAAGUGUGUUUGUGAAAGACGGGAGGAGGUAAUGCACUGUAAAUGGGAGUUGAGAGUAAUGGAGUAAUGCAUAAAAAAUGGAUCAGAAAUGAGGGAAAGACUGAGAACAGAGAGCGGGAGGGGGGAGGGGGGAGGGGGAGAGAGCCGAGGGAGGAACUGAGAAGAGGGUUCAAAACAGUUCCCUCACAGCCGGCUCUGGAAAUAGCAUCUCCGAGCUCGAUGAGAAUAUCUGAAGCGCUUGACCUCUAUCAAGGUCGGGAAAACUCACUUAACACCCGCCCGCUGACGUUGUACAUGCGCCGCAUCCACCGCAUGCCGUAUAAUGGAUAAAAACCCCGGGUCCGGCUCGUUUGUUUGCUCGUGUGGGUUCUGAGAUCAAUGGGAGGAUGUGCGCGCGUGGCCCGGGGUGAGUUCUGUGGUGAGACGGGCUGCUCCGGACUAAUUAGCCUUAAAAGGCGCCGGGCCUGAAGGAUGAGGAGGGAGACGGGCAGACAGAAGAUGAAGGGAUGAAGGGGGGGGGGGGGCGCUCUGGAUGCGCUGCCUCAUCAUAAAUAGCAAAACAACAUCUUUUGAUGCCAUCGGUCUAAACUUCAGCUAAAGUGUAGACAACCACUGGGGGGCUGCGGUUCGCACCGUGGUGCAUGGGCUGAAAAACAAGAUUAAAAAAAGAAAAAUAGACGCAGAAGCGUGACGCCUCCGGAAGAAAAGAGAUGCUAACGGUGAUUGCUAACGAUGAGUGACCUGCGGAACGGCCGCCGUCGCUGCGCGGCCCCCCAGGGACCCGUCUAUUCAUCUGGACUGAGACAGUGGAGUGAGUUGUUGGGGCCACCCCUGGAGCGAGCCCCCCCCCACUGCUGUUAUUCCAUUGUGCCACCACCACUUUGCUAAUAGACUCCCUCUCAUUACCUCUGGGCAAACACAGGCCGGGUGGCCGUAGAUUGAGCCACCUAAUCCUAACUCACCUCCGCUGCUCGCUCGCCCGCCCGCCCGUCCUUGUCCUCGCCUCCCCCUUUGGGCGCUGAUCAGCGACUUGAUCUGCGAUGGCAUCGCUUCCUUUCUGUCUCUCUGCACAUUUACACACACACGCACACACACACACACUCCCAAGGGAGUCAGCACAGGAGCAGAUGGGCGGCUGGUAAAAAUAAAGAUUCCUGUUAACCCGUUGUCCGCUAGCACACCCUCUCUGCCUGCCUCCCUCCUUCAUGUCCCCCCAU